GUUCAAGGGUUUGCUCGCUUUUGGAGCUCCUGAGCUGUCCGUGGCCUGUGCCUUUUUUGUUGCUCUUUCUGUUGCUUUGUGCUUUGCCCCGCGUGUGGGGGCGUUUGUGUGUCCAGCUUCUCUUGACUCUCUCCUGUCGUCACGUAUCUCUUCAUACCUCUUCACGCGGUCCGUCUCCACGUCCACUAUAUUGCUUCUUUUCCGUGUAGUGGAUAAGCUUCAGUGAGCUCCAAUCGAGCUCCAUGAUAGCUCCUUGCCCCUCGCCGGCCGUACCCGCCUAAGCUGGUAAUCCGACCUGCCCUCUGUUCCUUCGCCCCGAAAGGCUUCAAUCAUCGUCAUCCGUUUGCGUAGCUUGGUUCAGGUACCUUGCGGCUGGUCAAGCUGGCAGCUCGAGCUGCAAGACUCGACUCCUCAAUCGACAUGCCUCCCAAGUUGAACCACACGUCUAACCAUCACACGUCUGAUCCGGACAAUGAAGUCGUCUGUCCGAUCAAGUCUGCUGAUGGCAGCAACUGUCGCAAGAAAUGCUUGGGCGAGAAGCGCUUCCGCUCGAUGCAGGAGCAUAUCCGGCGAGCGCAUCCGGAAUACUACAUUCCCAAGUUGCCGGCAACCAAGGAAAGUUUCGACUUGAUGGUCAACUCACCGCCGUCGGAGCGGCCGCCCCGAGUGGAGCUAUGGUCACCGACGUCUGCCCCACGCCAACCACGAUCACAACCUGCAGACCACCACCAUAGCAACGACCAGUAUGCAGUUGGAGGACCCUCUGCAGGCGGCCUGGGACCCGUUCAGAUAGCGCCCGACGGCUACGGCUUGCCGGCAGAGUACCGACGGGGCUCCCUCAUCCCAGCUGCGAGCGCGGCUGCCGCCCUGGCGCAGUUGCACUAUGCUCGACCAGACGGAGAAUGGGACAAUGAUCAAAACUAUUUCAACGACCAUGUCGACGCGAAGAGAGCUCACAUGGUAGAUCCAACCCUCUCGGCUGGACAGCAGUUCCUCGAUAGCCAAUACCAAGAAGACGCGAGCAACCCCUCGGGCCUGUUGCUGCUCAAGUCGCCCGCGAGCCGCCACAACACGCUUCCCCCCAUGCAGCGCUCCAUCUCCCAUAGUUCACGUCCUCGUAAGAACUCGCUAACACAGAGCGCGCGUAAAGCAAAACACGAAAGAGACAAGAUCAAGAACGAAAACCGCAAAGCCCUCAGCGCCGAGCCUAACAUGUACGGCAAGAGAUGGGAAGACUUGAUAGACGCUGCCACGUCGGCUACCGAGGAAGACAGAGACCUCACACCUCUGCCCGUCUCGCCAUACAAGUCACCCCAAGUCGGUGCCCGCACACCAUUAGCCCCCUUCGCCCUUGGCUCUCAAUUCCAAUCAUAUACUGCCUCUCCCUUGCAACAAACCCUCACACCUCCUCCGGCCGACGCAGAUGGGCCACCUCUGGACAUGGGUCCAUUCCCUUCCGUCGAAGAUAACGCCGUCUCAUCCUCUCUCGACUCGAAUCAAUCAGGCAACAACUUCCACAUCAUGCCGUCACAGAAUCUCUCUUCAGAUUCGUCACCGAUGUUCUCGAAUCCCGUCCAAAUAUACUGCGCAGGCUGCAGAAGGCUGAGUAUUCUCAAAGAGUGCUUCGCUUGCACCGAAUGCAUCUGCGGCCUCUGUGGGGGUUGCGUCGACACACUGAUGGCAGAGCAAUCACGCGGGCGUAUAGCACAAUGUCCUCGAUGCCGCACAAUGAGUGGGAGAUUCAAGCAGUUCCAGCUCGACAUACGCUGAGAACUGCUACAUCCCUUUAUGCCUCCUUUCUUUCACCCGACCUGUUUAAUAUAGCACAUCUUCAUCGUUCAUCUUUUUUCUUGUGGGCUGGCUGUUUGAUACUGGGAUUUGUCCGGCGCUUGUAGGCGUUCUGCUGGAGGAAAUUUAUGCAUCAUAACUUCAUGGACAAACGGGGUGGGAUAGACUGUGAUGGAACCCGCUGGGAGUGGAAU